GGCACCCAGCGGGGCCUGAAGCAGCACUUGGCAUAGUGCCUACCUCAUAGGAAACGCUUCAUAAAUAUUUGUGGAACGACUGAUAGUACAUAUAAAAACAGAACGAUCGAUUUCUGGACCCUAGGAGCUUUUCUUUCACUAAAAACGACUUGAAAAAAGAAACAAAGAGAAACGAUUUUUAACACCCAAUCAACAAACAUUGAUUAAGAAGAACCAUUUAUUAACGUCUCAUUUUGUGCCAGGGACUCUUGUGUGGCCCCUGGAAGGGAAUAAGAGAACCCUAUAGUCUGGAACAGAUCUCAGUGGGGAGGACUCUGCAGUGACAAAAUGCUGUCGAGACCAAAGCCAGGAGAGUCCGAGGUGGACUUACUGCGAUUCCAGAAUCAGUUCCUUUCUUCAGGGGCCACCCCAGCUGUACGAAUAGCAAAGAAGGUAAACAAGAAGGACAGAUGUAUUGAUGAGGAACCGCCCGUUCUGCAGGAUCAGCGGGAUGUGGUAACAUUAGACAAGCUUCCAGAUUUAUCCCCCACUCUAAUCCCUGCUCCUCCAAAGAGGGCCAGGCCCAGUCCACGCUUCACGGUGCCUGAGGACCAAGACCCUGAGGACAGGCUAGAUCAGCAUGACCGGCAUAUCACCGCUGUCUUCACCAAAAUUAUUGAACGUGAUACCAGUGCAAUGGCUGUGACCAUGCCUCUUCCCAGUGGAGUGGCUUUCCCCUCUGUUUUCCAUCGCUCACAGAAAGGCUCCCAGGGGAAAACAGCAACAUCUGGAAAGAGAAGCAUUUUUGCCCAGGAGAUUGCAGCGAGGAGGAAGGCUGAGGCAAACAGCACACCGAUGGAGACGUCCGUACCUACCCAGGGCCAACAGGAAGAGGCUGGCAAGAGUUCCCAGGGGCCCCAGCUCAUCACUGGAGAGGGCCUCCAGAGUCAGGAUGCCAGGCGUGAGAUCCAGACCAUCCAUGAGGAGAACUUGGCAAAGCUGCAUGCCUUGGGCCCGGAGGAGAUCCUUCAGGAGCAGCAGAGGCUGUGGGCCCAGCUAGAUCCUGGCUUGAUUGCUUUCCUGAAGUCUCGACGUAACACCAGUGGUCAGGCGGGAGUGGAGAGUAUGGAAGAAGAGAAGUCGGGGACUGUUGUUCACAAGACCCCUGAAGAGGAGCCAGUGGGGCUACCACCUCCCAAUGGGUACACGUGGAGACAGCCGGAGCUGGCCACCUCAGCUCCAGAAUUGCCGGUGACCCCUCACAAGGAAUGGCUUCACAUGGAUACUGUGGAGUUGGAAAAGCUUCAGUGGACUCAGGAUCUGCCCCCACUCCAGCGGCAGAAAACCCAGGAGGGAAUGCAGCAGGCACGUUUCAGUCUCCAGGGAGAGCUGCUGGCCCCUGAUGCUGACCUGCCCACUCAUCUAGGCCUGCAUCAUCACGGCGAGGAGGCAGAGAGAGCAGGAUACUCCCUUCAAGAGAUAUUCCAUCUGGCCCGUAGCCAGAUCUCCCAGCAGAGAGCACUGGCUCUGCAGGUGUUGGCCCGAAUCAUCUCUAAAGCCCAGGCAGGUGAAUUUGGGGGUCGGCUGACAGACAGUGUCCUGCGCCUCCUAUUGGAUGCUGGUUUCCUCUUCCUGCUGCGUUUUUCACUGGAUGACAGUGUGGACAGUGUUACUGCAGCUGCUGUGUGGGCACUACGGGCCCUAUUGGUGGCCCCUGGAGAUGAGGAACUCCUGGACAGCACCUUCUCCUGGUAUCAAGGAGCAGCUGUAUUUCCCUUGAUGCCAUGCCAAGAAGAAGAAGAGGAGGAGGAAGAUGAAGAAACCCCUGUAGAAAAAGCAAAAAAGAAGAAUCCCCAAGAGACCCGGCCGCCACCAGACCUGGCCCGACGUGAUGUUCUCAAGGGUCUCCUGGCUACUCAGCUGCUGCCUAGACUUCGAUAUCUACUUGAAGUGACCUACCCUUCACCCACUGUGGUCCAGGACAUUCUUGCUGUGCUGAUCCGAGUGGCACGGCACUCUCUAGAGUCAGCCACAAAGGUCCUGGAGUGCCCUCGGCUGAUAGACACCCUGGUUCGAGAGUUCUUGCCCUCAAGCUGGUCACCUGUGGGAGAAGGACCGAUUUCUCGCCUACAUGGCGUGCCCUGUGCUGCUGCUAUGAAACUGCUCCGUGUCCUGGCAUCAGCUGGAAGGAAUAUUUCUGCCCGCCUGAUGAGUGGUUUUGAUCUUCGAAGUCGCCUGUGUCGCUUUGUGUCUGAGGCCCCCCAGGAAUUGGCCAUGCCCAUCCAGGAGGCUGAGCAACUGAACACUGAGUCCUUUAGGCUCUGGGCAGUAGCCGCUGCCUAUGGCCAGGGUGGAGACCUUUACAGAGAACUCUACCCAGUGCUGAUUCGGGCCCUCCGGGCCCUACCCCAGGAGUUGAGCAUCCGGCCCCACAGCCAGCUGGCCAUGCAUCGAAUCUCAGCUUUCAUCACCUUGCUCACCUGCUUGACCCAGGCAUCAAGCAGCAGCAACACAGAGCUCUGUGCCCCAGCCAGCAAUAACCCUGCUGAGUCCAGCCUGUCGCCUGUCUCUCCCUCAGUCACUUGGGUGCAAGUAUCUGGACUCCGUCCUCUCAUAGAACCAAUUCUUCGACAAGUCCUGAAGGAACUUCCCCAGCCUGACACUUGGAGGGCCCUGGCCCCUCUGCCCAUUGCCUGCCUGCUGUACCUAGCAGCCCACUAUCAGGCCUGGAGUCAGCAGCCAAAGCUGUGCCCUGGGGAAUGUCUUCAGGAUGUGGAGCGGCUUUCAAAGGAGUUGGUAUUGCCCCUGCUGUGUCAGCCUACCUUUCAGGGCCUGUGGGAUUCACUCAGGCACUGCUCCCCGCUCUGCAAUCCGCUGUCCUGUGCCCCAGCUCCAGAGUCCAUCCCGAACCUUGUCUCCCUGGGUUGUGGGGGAGACUGUCCCCCACUCAGUCUGGCUGGAUCAUCUUCAGCCUUCGCUUUCCUCACAUCCCUUCUCUCUCUUCUCAACACCCUGGCCCGAAUUCACAAGGGGCUCUGUGGCCAGCUUGCUUUGGUGUUGGCUGCCCCAGGCCUCCAAGAUUACCUGCUUCAUUGUGGAGCACCCUCUCGUGCCUCCCGACUCACUCCAUUCUUGGCAUGGGCUCUGAGACAUGAAUACCACCUCCAAUACCUGGUGCUCACCCUGGCACAGAGAACGGCUGGACUCAGGACAGAUCCAACCCCAGACGCCGUCCUCUAUCACACUGUGGCACUGACACUUGUGAGUCGCCUGCUGCCAGGCAGUGAGUACCUGGCCCAUGAGCUGUUGUUGGGCUCUGUCUUCCAGCCAGAAUUUCUCCCGGAAAGAGCUUCAGGAGGGCCCGAGGCAGCUGACUUUUCUGACAAGCUAAACCUGGGCAGCAUCAGGAGGCCUGGAUCAGGACGAGGGGCCCUGCUGGCAGAAGCAUGUCGGGACCUCCCAGGCAUUCGGGGAUGCUACCUGGCACAUUGCAUGCUGCCCUGCCCUGCCCUACUGCAUUCCCAAGCCCUGUACCAGGGAGAACACCUUCGUAUUCCUUCGUUGCUACUUCCUGUGCCAAAGGGGCCACUGCUGCCUGCGGACUGGCCCUUCCUCCCUCUCAUUCACCUCUACCACCAGGCGUCUGGCCCUGUCUCUAAGGCCCUACCCCCCAGCUCCUUGGGCACAGCCAUCCAUGCCCUGCAGUGGGUGCUGGUCCUGGAGAGCUGGCGCCCUUCCAGCCUCCAGGUGGUACCUCCUGCUGCCCGCCUGGCAAGGCUCAUGUGUGUAUUCCUGAUGGACAGUGAUCUGUUCCGUGAGGCCCCCAUCCAGCGCUACAUCACGGCCCUGCUUGCCCGGCUUUGCCAGCCCCGGGCACUGUCUCUCCUAAAGCUGGACUGUCCCUUGCCUGGCCUGGCCUCCUUCCCGGACCUCUAUACCAGCUUCCUCGAGCAUUUUGAAGCCGUCUCCUUUGGGGACUCUCUCUUUGGCACGCUGGUUCUGCUCCCCUUGCAGCGCCGAUACAGUGUCACCUUACGCCUUUCCCUUUUUGGGGAGCACGUGGGAGCCCUUCGAGCCCUUGGAUUGCCCCUUGCCCAGUUGCCUGUGUCCCUGGAAAACUAUACAGCACCCCCAGAAGACAACCUGGAGCUCCUGAAACUUUAUUUCCAAGCCCUGGUGAUGGGGACUCUAUGCCCACACUGGUGUCCUGUACUCUAUGCGGUGGCUGUGGCCCACGUCAACAGCUUCAUCUUCUCCCAGGACCCAAAGAGCUCAGAUGUGGCGAUAGCCGCCAGCAAGUGGAUGCUCCAGAAGACGUGGCUGCUGGCCAAUGAGUGUCUCAAGCAGCACCUUCUCUACUACAAGCUUCCCAAUGUGGCCGUGACUGAGGGCUUUGAGCUGUACUCUCAGUUGCCUCCUUUGCGACAUAACCGCCUUCAGGAUGUAACCAGUGGACUACUCAAGGACGGGGUGCCAGGGUCUUAGUGCCACAGCCUGCAAAUGGACAGAUGACCAUGCUCUCCUGCAGACCCAAAGAGGGAUUCACUCUCCUAAGUGUGUACAGAUGUCCUCGAUGUCCUAGAGAGAUGGGGUCAUCUCCAAAAGUCAGUCCAACGGAAAAACUUGUCCUACAGAAACAAGAGCAGGAGGCCUCUCUCCGGCCCUGCUGGGAGCCUGAUGGACCGAUGCACUUAACUCCCUUCCACGGCCUUGGGUCUCAGACAUCCUUUCCUCUGAGGAUGACUGAGCUGCAUUCCCUGCCUUGGGGCAGCCGUGAGGGCUAGGCCGGCCACAUUAUACCUCCUCUAAGACCACAGUCUGAUAGUUCAGUGACUAUGGGUAUGCACUGAAAUAAAUAGUCUCUUCUUUUAUACUCUUCUGGCCAUGUGACUUCCUCUUAUGGUGAUUGUUGGUGCCUGUGAUGUGUGCAGCAUCAUUUCAGAGUUAGGGAUGGCUGCAGAUCGCUCAGCUCAGUCCGCCACAGCCGGAUGAGCCUGUGCUUGGACAGGCGCAUCUCUGGCCCUGCAUUCUCUGAUUGAUAAAGAAGUCCUGUCGGCUCUGGGUUUGGGGACAGCCCUGUCCACACCUCUGUUUUAGAUUUCCUGUUGUUGCCCAUCUCCAUCCACGUCUUUUCCAAGUGGAUACCUUAGCCGGAUGUGUUUGUUCCUAGGAAGGUGGUCAAAGGAUGAGUAAAAGCAAGUGGUGGGAGGUUGUAAUGAGCAAUAAGGGGUAAGUUGUGCUUCUCAGCAUUUGGGAUGCAUUAGGAACCAUGCAAGUGAAGGUUAAGGACUGCUCAGGAGGUAAGAUAAGGGGUUACUUGGGCCACAUCUGGAAUGAGGAGAGCGAGAACAUGUGGCAGGCUGAUUGCCCCUAUAAGCCCACCCUCAGGAUUGGAAGCCAGUCCUGAUCAGUGGUGGCUGUGAUGAGCACCGAGAGUGCCUUCUUAGGUGUAAAUCACUGCUUCUGGGUCUUUUUCCCAGGCCUACCUGAAAUGAGCUGACUCAGCAGCCCAGCUGGAGUCAUCAACAGCCUCCUUAGUAACAGUUAGUCAGUGUCAGUGUCCAUCAACCUCUAAUCCAGAGAUUGGGAGUGGAGGGAAGGAAAUUGGUUCAGAGGGAGUAAUGGGAGAUAGCACACCAUCUGCACGUUCAGAUAGAGACAAUCAGUGUUCUCAGGUUUUUCAUAUCCUUCCUUCGGUUUCCAUUUGAACUUUGAACUUUCUGUCGUAUAAAAUCAAGGCUCAAGACACCCAAUGGUUUGUUAACAAAAACAAUAAAUACUGUAUAAAGCAAA